AUGUGCAAGUGGGGUGGAACGUUUAAUUACUAUGUGCAAGUGGGGUGGUUGAAGGGGCGGUGGAACGCUACAGCAAACACAACCUGUGUGCUCUGUGAUGCAGCUGACGAAACCUGCCGCCACCUCUUCUUCAGCUGCAACUACUCCAAGCAAAUAUGGAAAUCAUUGGCUGGUGGGAUUCUCCAAAAUGCGUUCACUACAUCUUGGAACGACAUUGUAGAGAUCAUCUCCAACACAAGCUUACCACCGAUGAAGAAGUUCCUUAUCCGCUACACCUUUCUAGCUACGGUACAUGCGCUGUGGAGAGAGCGAAAUGCCCGUAGACAUGGAGAACAGCCGCAAACUGCCAGUGUCAUCACCAAGUUUGUAGAUAAAACAAUCAGACUCGAGUUACUCUCAGUAAAAAGGCUGGGGCAAAAGUAUCUUGAGGAGAGCUUAAUCACUUGGUUUGCAACAAGAGACACACCACCAUGA